CUGCUUGUCCCCAUGACUGAAUUUUAUUGUUGAGUGUAGCAGGGAAGCAGCUAACUGAAAACUUCUGUACUGCAUUCAGAUUACUGGAAUUUCUAUAUAGAAGCCACAGUGUAGGUAGAACAACCGACAAUCGAAUCAAAGGACAACCGGCCCGGUUCGUUCAUAGUGUAGCGCCGAUUCCUUCUGCUACCACCAUGGAUGAUUUAGAUGCAUUGCUGGCGGACUUGGAGUCGACGACCUCCCACAUCUCCAAGCGGCCAGUGUUUCUGCCGGACGAGACACCCUACUCUUUCCCCACGGGAGGACAGGCCCCUCCCCCUGUACCACCACCUCCCUCUGCUGAGGCCCUGAAUGGGACCUUGCUUGACCCCCUAGAUUCAACCCCCUUGUCCACACAGUCCUACAGCCCUGCACAGAAAAGCUUGUGGUCCAGGGACAGCAGUAGCCCCCCCUUACCCCAAAGCGAAGAGGACCACGUCUACAGCUUCCCCAACAAGCAGAAGAGUACGGAGGCUGCCAUGAGCUCCUCCCUGGGCUGCAACCUGUCGGAGCUGGACCGGCUGCUUCUGGAGCUCAACGCUGUACAGCACAACACACCCUCCUUCCCCACUGAGGAGGAGUCAGCUCCGCCCCUGCCUUCCAGCAGCACCACCCAUUAUGUGCAAGCGAACGGGGUUUCUGGGGCAGGCAAGUUGCCUCGCCCCACCAUGGAUAAGCCAAAACGCAGCGUGGCCACCAGGCCACCAGUCAUCGAAGACGUGCGCCUCAGCGCCAAGAGCCUCCUCGACGAGCAAGAAAGUUCUGUGCCCUCUCCCAUCCCCACCCCAUUGGUGGUAGAGAAGUUGGGGGAGGAGGAGACGCCCUCCCAGCUGCAGGCCAGAAUCUCAGCCUCCUCCGCCACGCGGGAGCUUGACGAGCUCAUGGCCUCGCUGUCCGACUUCAAAGUCCAGAGCAACAUCCUGGCCCAGGGGAAGAGCUCACCCACUGCUCCCCCCAAACAGUCUAAUAAGCUGGACAACAUGCUGGGCAGCCUCCAGUCAGACCUCCAUAAACUGGGCGUCCAGACUGUGGCCAAGGGAGUGUGUGGGGCCUGCAACAAGCCCAUUGUUGGACAGGUGGUGACUGCCAUGGGGCGCACAUGGCACCCAGAGCACUUUGUGUGUACCCACUGUCAGGAGGAGAUCGGCUCCAGGAACUUCUUUGAGCGGGACGGAGCACCUUACUGUGAGAAGGACUACCACAACCUGUUCUCCCCACGCUGCCACUACUGUAACGGACCUAUCCUGGAUAAAGUGGUGACGGCUCUGGACAGGAACUGGCAUCCGGAACACUUCUUCUGUGCUCAGUGUGGAGCUUUCUUUGGCCCAGAGGGCUUCCAUGAGAAGGAUGGGAAGGCAUAUUGUCGGAAGGACUACUUUGACAUGUUUGCGCCCAAGUGUGGAGGCUGUACCCGUGCCAUCCUGGAGAACUACAUAUCAGCCCUCAACUCCCUCUGGCACCCCGAGUGUUUUGUCUGCAGGGAGUGCUUCACCCCCUUUGUAAAUGGGAGCUUCUUUGAGCACGAGGGCCAGCCCUACUGCGAGGGCCACUACCAUGAGCGCCGCGGGUCCCUCUGCUCGGGCUGCCAAAAGCCCAUCACAGGCCGCUGCAUCACAGCAAUGGCCAAGAAGUUCCACCCUGAGCACUUCGUCUGUGCCUUCUGCCUCAAGCAGCUCAACAAGGGCACCUUCAAAGAGCAGAAUGACAAGCCCUACUGCCAGGGCUGCUUCAUCAAGCUCUUCAGCUAGGAAGCUAGCCUCCCCCAGCCUGUUUAUGUGUGUGUGUGUACGCGCUUGUGCGUGUGUGCAGCUGUGUGCACGUUCUGCGUUCCAAAUCUCUGCUGUUCUGCCCUAAGUGUGCACUUGCUCACUUCCCUUCAUGAAUUUAAAAGGAAAUGACAGGUGUGAGAAAUAUGGUGGAAACUCCAGCCCAGUCCAAUACCAAUCCAAUGCUUUUUAAAUGUGUGGGAAGGAGUGCGUAGGUGCACGCUCCAGAGGAAAAAGAAGAGAAUCGGGCCACCGUGUGAGUGUUUUUCAAAAGGUGUAGACUGGGAUUAGAAGGCCGUCAGUGGCUAUGAUGAGGAAGCAGAGUUGUUCCUUACUGUGCAUGUAGCUGAGAUAAACCUGGCCAUUAGAAACACCACAACUCUCCCUACAGGUGCCUAUUUGGAGGAGUUGGAGUGAUCAUUCCAAAAUAUAUUUUUGUAGUUGCAAAACACUGUCUGUGCAAUUGCAAAUACAUGCCUAUAAACUGUCUCUUGAUCUAAAACACACAAGACAGAUUUUUAACUCGAGAAGAGGAAACACUUUCUGGUCUCUUUCUCCUUCCUUUCUCUUCACGGCUCUAUUUUUGUACACUUUUCCUAUGGAAACUUUCAUGUACUUACGAGGACUGCUCAGCAACAGAUUGAAUUUUUUGUUUACCUGAAGUGUGUUUGUACAAAAUAAGACAUUGUUUUAAGAGGCGCACACACACUCAAGACUACUGCUCUUUUUGUGCUAUGGACUCUCACUUUCUAAUUUCAGUACUUCAGUCUUUGCUUCACUGAUUCUCAUAUCAAUUGUCAUUCAUGUGAAUCUGAUUUCAAAAGGAUGUACAUUUUGAAUAUUGUCUUACCCUUUAGGUGGACAGAGGGUGGGGGUUUGGGUCAUUUUGGGUACCGCACCUCUUUUUUUAUUUUGGCGGAACUAUGCUCAUCCCUUACUUUCCAUUAGCUUUGGGUAGGGAGGCAUCUCUUAGCUUGGCAACCAAACUGAGCACAGUGUUCUUCAGUCUGGGGUAACCAGGCUAGAUUUUCUUUCUAUGAGGAAAAUACUGGAGCAUGUUUAUUUGAAACAGAACAUGUUAAUUGUGUGCAUUUUACCUUUUUUUUAAAAUUUGCUACUGUAUUCGUCCACACAUUUAGCCAAGUUUUAAAAUGAAUUAAUUCCGAGUGAAUGGGGAGUACAUUUCUUGGUGCAAUGUUUUGCUGUAAAUUUAGCUACUGACAAUGUGUGUUUUCCCUAAGUUACUUAAAGACAAAGUAAUACA